AAUAUUUAGUGAGAAGUGAACGUUUCCUCGUUUUUCAGCUGUUUCUAUGUAUUGAUCUUCUGACACACAUACACACAGAGAUCCAUCCACAUCUUUCUCUCACUAAAACAUUCUUGUAUCUCUCUCUAAAAAAAAUAAUUCCUUAUAGCUCAUAGCAGGAUCAGUCCUGGCCGCAUCAAAUGAUUUAGAAAGGAGGGUCAUAUCACUCAAGUAUUCAUUCCCUUAUUUGACCUUUUCACAGAUAUAAUUUGGAAGAUUGAUGGCGACGUAUUUUCAUGGAAAUUCGGAAAUUCAAGGAGGUGGUGAUGGUUUACAGACACUGAUUUUGAUGAAUCCUGGCUAUGUUGGAUACUCUGACAAUCAACAGCCACAGCCGCCGGGUAGCAACUUCGUUUUUCUCAACCCCAGCACCGCCGGAAACUCACUCAGUUUACCCCACCAGCCGCCGCCUCAAACUCAACACUUUGUCGGUAUUCCUCUCCAGGCCGCCCCGUCUACCACUGCUGCCACAUCCCAAGACCCUCAAGCUCCGCCUGUUCAUUCUCAGCACGAUGUAUCUGCCCUUCAGGGGUUCCUCCCUCGUGUCCCUUACAAUUUGUAUACUCAGUCGAUGGACCGUACGGCUGCACGUGAAGUUACACGCGCUCAGCAAGGACUUUCUUUGAGCCUCUCUUCCCAGCAGCCAUCCGUCUAUGGAUCUUUUAGGCCUGAACGUGAGGUAAUAUCGCAACCCCUUGUGACCACCGUAUCCCCGCCACAUGCUGGUGGCGAUGAUGUAAGAAUUUCGGGAGGGUCGCCGUCCUCGGCCUCGGCUUCAGGGAUUUCCAACGGUGUGAACAGUGUGCAAAGUGUGCUGUUAAGUUCUAAGUAUUUGAAGGCAGCACAGGAAAUUCUUGAUGAAGUUGUUAGUGUUGGUAAGGUAGUUAUAAAGAGUGCAUCUGAAUCUGCCAAAAACCCUAUGGGACAAGCCAAGAAUAUUGGAGAACCGCCGCCGCCGACCGGAGAUGGACAAAGUGGAGGAGACACCAGUGCAAAACGUGACGCUGAGCUCACUACAGCAGAAAGACAAGAAAUUCAGAUGAAAAAAGCAAAGCUUCUCAACAUGCUUGAUGAGGUUGAGCAGAGAUACAGACAGUACUACCGCCAGAUGCAGAUAGUAAUCACAUGGUUUGAGCAAGCAGCAGGAGCUGGUUCUGCAAAGACAUACACUGCUCUGGCUUUGCAGACAAUCUCGAAGCAAUUCCGGUGCCUAAAAGACGCUAUUAUAGGCCAAAUUCGAGCUGCCAGCAGGAGUUUGGGUGAAGACGAUGGUUUGAUUGGGAAGAUUGAGGGUUCAAGACUCAAAUACGUCGAUAAUCAGCUUCGACAACAGAGAGCCUUACAGCAAUUGGGCAUGAUCCAGCAUAAUGCUUGGAGACCUCAGAGAGGAUUGCCUGAACGCUCUGUUUCUGUCCUUCGUGCUUGGCUCUUUGAACACUUCCUCCACCCUUAUCCCAAGGAUUCAGACAAGAUCAUGCUUGCAAAACAAACAGGGCUAACUAGGAGUCAGGUGUCAAAUUGGUUCAUCAAUGCUCGUGUUCGACUCUGGAAGCCGAUGGUCGAAGAAAUGUACGUGGAGGAAUUUAAGGAACAAGAGAAAAAAGGAGCAGCAGAAAUGACUAGCAAAAGUGAGCAAAAUGAAGAUUCAGCAUCAAAAUCCCCUGCUCCACAAGAAAAUGGGCCAACAAAAGAAAGCCUAAACAAGAAUUUCGUCGAAAAACAAGAGAACCCCAUGAACCAGAACACAAAUUCGGCAAUAUUAAUGUCCACAACCUCGACUUCUCCAACCGAAUCCAGUAUCAGGAAUCAUUCAGGUUUCAACCUGAUUGGAACAUCAGAAAUGGAGAGUAUCACUCAAGGAAGUCCAAAGAAACUGCGAAGCAACAUAGGAAUGUUACAUUCGCCAAGCAGCAUCCCGUCCAUAAAUAUGGAUUUGAAGCCUACUGACACGAACAACGAGCAAAUUUCCAUGAGAUUCAUCAAUGAGAGGCAGAGCAGGGAUGAGUUUACACUAAUGGGGGCUCCAACUAACUUCAUCUCUGGUUUUGGUUCAUACCCAAUCGAGGACAUUGGAAGGUACGGUGCCGAGCACUUCCAAUCACCGUAUUCAAGCAAUGGCGUCUCUCUCACUCUCGGCCUCCCACAUGGCGAAAAUCUCUCCAUGUCAGGCACGCAUCAGGCCUUUCUUCCGAACCAAAGCGUUCAGCUCGGUGAAGCAGAUGAGUUUGGUGGAAUGAACACCCCAACGUCCCCUCAUCAAUCCAAUGUGUACGACAACAUCAACAUUCAGAACCGGAAGAGGUUCGCCGCACAGUUGUUGCCAGACUUUGUCGCUUGAUCACUAGUCGAGUAGAGCAACAUCGAAAAUGGCAUUUGUAACGGGUAUAUAGUGUCAUUAAAAGUUACUAUAACGAUCAUAUCGACUGGACCCUGUUUGAGAUGUUGCCAAGGUAUUUAAGGUCUUCUUCUCCUCCUAUUCCUUAAUCACUAGGAAGAAAGGGAUAGCCUUAUAGUGAAGAGAAAACUUUUACAUAUUAUAGGCGUAUACAUUUCUCUAGAAAUAGGGUUUUAGAAAUGUGAUUGGGGAUUGUAUAUUAAUUUUGUUGCUUCGGAUAAAUAGAUGAUUGUAAUAAUGAAUGUGGGGUACUAGUUAUUUUGGGUGGUAUAGAAGAAUAAUAUUGAUUUUAAA